AUAUCCUGACCCGGUAAGAAAGUCGCCGCUGUUACCGCGGGAAAUUCUCUGUUAGAAAUAUGGAGAAUCUACUGAGUGCGCCUCCUGUUCAGAUAAGUUUGUCGGUCUUAUAAGUAUGAUAUAAAUUUAUAGGACAUAGUCAAAUUGUAUUAAAUUAAUUAUUUUUUCCCCUAAAAAUUAAUUACGGUUGUUCAUUUCGCCAUCGUCGUCCUAUUCAAUACCUUGUCUCUAGUUUAUACUCUAUGAAAAACGAAUAAUGAUGUGAAUGUGAUGUGAUGCCAAUGAUGGCCUGAACUAAAAAAAAAAUACUCCGUGUUUUUUGAUGUGCAUUGAUGUUAAUUUUUGUUAGAAUACAGCUACUAUAAAUUUUAUUUAAUGCUAAUCCAAACAAAAUUUGAAAUUGUUAGUCUCAAUAUACUUACCUACAGAAAUUUUGCUAAGUGGAUAAUAAUUAAAUACAAAGGAAACAACACCUUGUUGCUUGGCUGAUAAGGGAAGGGCGCGACAUGCGGGGCGAGGCGCUGGUGCGGCAGCUGGCGGGGGCGGGUGCGGGGCCACGCAGGCUGCACGAGUCGCCGUUCGCGCGGGAGCCUCCGCCCGCCCGCCUCGGCGUCCGUCACCUUCACGACGAGCUUCUCUGUCGCGACCCGGCGGGGGCGGGUCGCGCGCUAUCGUGCGGGCUCUGCGGGCGCGCGCUGGCCUCGCCGCACCUGCUCGACCUGCACGUGCAGGAGGAGCACGACUCCUUCUUCGCGGCGCUGGCUGCCACCAAGCCCUCGUAUUGCUGCUACGUAGAGGAAUGCAAGGAGAAAUUCAUGAAUCCCGAGGAACGCUUCGGUCAUUGCGUCGAAGUACAUAAGUUACCGAAAGACUUCAGAUUCUAUCAAAAACCAAAAAUACCAAAGAAUAAAAAUAACAAAAAUGUUUCCAUGGACGUGGAUGAUAAGGAAGUAAAAAAUAAAUUAUUUGCUCUGAGUAACAGCAAGGCAAAGGCUUUUGUGAAAAGUUGCAAAAGAAGGAGUUUGAGUAGUGACGGUAGCGCCAUGAGUUAGUUCCCGGUCACAGCGACGCAGGACAACAAACAUAGUUGUGUUUUAAACUGGACAUAACCAAACAAACUAAUGUCUUCUUAUAUAUACUUUUACUUUAAGCUUUUUACUCAUGAAAAUAAAUUAUAUAAUUAUU